AUGGCCGGAGUGUCUACCGUGCUGGCGGUUGUGGCCAUCUGGCAAGAACAGUGGGUCCGAACUGCCUUGCUGCUUGGGUUCAUUCUGCCCCUUUACGUGGUGUACAGCCUCAUCACGUGGCAAUGCCUUUCCGUUUGGCAGCGCUUGUCGGAGUGCAGGCGCAUGCUGGUGCUAACGCUCUGCUUGCAGAGUGUGGCUGUUUCCUUCGCAGAGUGGGACAGAUCGCUCUCCACCUCGGGCUUGCUGAUGCUGCACACAGCUUUUGUCAACAACUUCAGUCCGCUGGGGGUUCUAGAGAUCUUCCUGGUGACUGCCAUCUGUGGCAUUCCAACCUACAUUUUUCUCGUGUUGUUUCCAGAAUUUGAAAUUUCGCUGGAUCAGCAUGGAUGUGAUGAACAAGCCGGAGUCAGAGCCACGGUCUUCCGCGACGUUCUCCUGCCACCUCUUGUGUGCUUUUGCCAGUUUGCUUUGGCCAUAUGGCGUGACGAGUCAAUGCGGCUAGACCUGCUACUCCGUGACCAGCUGCGGGCGCAACGUCAGAAGCUGGAUCAGGAGAUGCGAAAGAGCGAGCACCUUCUGCAAAGUUUGCUGCCGCAGGCCAUCAUCGAUUCGCUUAAAGCCCACGAGCCAGUGGACUGCCAGGACUUUGAUGAUGUGACCGUGAUUUUUGUUCAAGUGUGUGACUUUUCGACGAUCUGUUCGCUGCUCCCCCCGAAGACGACCGUGCAAAUGUUGGACAAGGUCUUCCAGGAAUUGGAUCGACUGAGCGACUUGCUGAAAGUGCACAAGGUGGAGACGGUUGGCGAUGUUUACAUGGCAGUUGCUGGGUGCCCGCAGCCAAUCGCAAACCAUGCAGAUGUUGCAGCUCACUUCGCUAUUGCAGCACAGUCCAGCAUCGUGAGGAUGCGUGCCUCUGAUGUCAUGGCACCGCAGGGUGUCGGUGGCAAGCGGCUCUCCACCAUCCUUGGCGAUCAGUCGCUGGAGCUCAACAUUCGAAUUGGGCUGAACAGCGGCAAGAUUCGGGCAGGGGUGGUGGGCUUGGACAAGCCUCGAUACAAGCUUUUCGGGGACACCGUGAACACGGCCAGUCGGAUGGAGAGCACUUCCGAGCCAGGAUGCACCCAGAUCACAGAGGCCACGCAAGCCAGGCUGAGCGACACCUUCUACACGGAGGCACGUGGCGAGAUUGAAGUGAAAGGAAAGGGCACACUGAGGACUCACUUCUUGCGCGGGUACAAUGUCAUGGAGCAAUCGCAGAGUAUGACGAUGUCAUCACACAAGGUGCAGGACUCAGUGACCAUUCGGGUGGGGCAGAAGGCCCACAGAGUUCAGUUCUCAGAGGGAGGUGAAGAAAGCAAGUCGCUAGCAGUGGUGCCAGGACAGAGGCUGCUGAGAAGAGCUGCAGGCAAUGCUUUGAAGGAGCUGAUGGCAACCAUGCCGCAGCACAGCCAGGACUUUCUGGCUGGCUUUGCCCACAUGCACCAGACAAAGCCCCUCAGCCACUUCUCGGCGCGGUCUUCGAAGUGGUACGACUGGCUGGACAUGAAGCUUCUCAUGGUGCCAGAAUCCUCCAAAUCGCCAGAGAUGCUUCAGACUUUGCGAGCAGACAAGUACGAAUUCAAGCAGAGCUCGCUGGAUCGGCGGAUCUUCUUCGCGCGAACACUGAUCAUUGCAUGGCACGUCUUGAUCGCAGCAGCCGGGACUCUGGACUAUGCUUUCGACAUUGGUUCUCGUGACUGGGAGCGCUAUCGUUUGGGCGUGAUGGUGAGAACUUGGGGAAUCCAAGUCAUUGGCUGGGUUCACCUCUGUCUCCUCAUGGACAAAGAUCGCUUUAGUCGGCGUGGCAAGCUCAUCACCGUGGUGAUGCUGGCACUUCAAGGUGCUUCCAUAGAGGUGCUGAAUGUCUUGAUCUACAAUAAUGAACCCUCGUUCUACAUGAUGUAUGGUCUGUACGUACUUUUCAGUAAGACCUGCCCUUUUACUGUCCGGGUGCUCCUUUGUUUCGUGUCACUGAUGACAUGGGCCUUAGUCGACAACGUGCAAUGCGACUGGCAAGUGCGUCAGCGUGCUGCGGAGUAUGUAAGUUACACUGGUGCGGUGUUCCUGCUGACAGCAGCUGGCAUCAGGAUGCAAGAGCACCUCGACCACUGUGCAGACUUCUACAAGCGGCACGUGCAGAGACGCAUUCGGGAAAUCUCAGACACGAAGCUGGGAAGCCAGACCCUGUUGGCCAAGAUUCUGCCUCCUCAUGUUGUCGAGUUGGUAAAUGACAACGUAUCACCGAUUGCAGAAGACUUUCCAGACGUCACCAUUGUGUUCACAGAUCUGAAAGGCUUCACGGCCUUUUGCUCGCGCAUCACUCCAACGGAACUGGUGGAGUUGUUGAACCUGCUCUACUCUGCCUUUGACGAAGUCAUACUGGAGUGGGGCCUGUACAAAGUGGAAGUCAUCGGCGACGCCUACUUUAUCUCAUCGGGUUGCCCUGCACGGGAGGAGGAGUCCAACUUCCCCGACGAGUUUGCCAUGCGAGCCGUGGAGGUUGCUCUCGCGAUGCAGCGUGUGAUCCCGACGGUGUUUGAUGACAGCUCCGUGCUGAUGAGAGCCGGCAUCCACACGGGCAACGUCGUGGCUGGUGUGGUUGGCAAGAAAGGACCCCGAUACCAUCUUUUUGGUCCGGCAGUGGAGUUCGCCAACCUCAUGGAGAGCACCGGGGUACCCGGCAAAGUUCAGAUCAGUCAAUCAACGCGAACAUGGUUAGACGAGGGAGGUCAUGACUACGACUUUGAGCAGCGUAUUGCUCAGUUGGAUGGUCACGAGCAUCAGACUUACCUGGUCACCAAGAGCAAGGCCAAAGCUGCACGGCAGAUUCGCACCGCCUUGGCUACAAGACGUCAGGAAGUGCAGGAUGAUGGCGACAAAGGGUUCGGCUUGGACCCAGUGGCCCUGGGCCAUGGCCCUCGGCCGCUCGCCGCAGGUCUGCGCAAAAGGUCGUCGCUGCUCGUCGCUGCGGCAAGGGAAGCAUUGGGUUGGCUCCAGGCAGCUCUGAAGGCCACUCGAACGACCACCACCACCACUCCGAAGGCAAUCACACCGAAGGAAGAGGAGCAGGAUGCCGACGACGGCUUUUCAUGGUUCGAUUGGCUCAGCCUACUGAAGGAGUCCCGCGCAAAUGCGACCGGCAUUUCUUCUGAGGCGCAAGAAGGCCCGAGCAUUGAGCUGUGUCCCGAACAGUCUUUGGCACAAAGCGUCCACUUUCGGAGAGCUCGAAAGCUUUUAGCCAUGGCCUGGAAUGCAUUGCAUGGAUGUUCUCAAGGGCUACGUGGCCCACUCGAUGUCCUCGAACAGAAAGAUGAGAUCAUCCGGCCCGAUGGUCAGGUUGCAGCAUGUACAGAAGAGCCCGAGAUAGUGAAGCUGAGGGCUGGAGAUCGCAUGUUUGGCAUGAUGCCAUUGCCUUUCGCGACAUACCCAGCCAUUGCAAUGCGCUACUCAAGCGUAGAUGUGUCAAAAUUGAAGAGGUCCUUGGGAAAGGCUCUGAAGGCUGUUCCCAUGAUGGCGGGAAGACUUCGCAGCACUGAAGGCGGAUACGAGGUAGUCCUGAAUGGAGAGGGCGUGCCUUUCUCCAUUGUACAAAGCUCAGAGAAGGUUGCGCCAGAGUUUGUCGAAGAGUUCAGGCUGCCAGACUUCGCAAUUUACUGCCGACCCCCAGCAGUUCGAGCCGGUCGUGAACCGCUGAUGACUGUGAAGCUGACCCUUUUCCAGGAUGGAAGCGGAAUAUUGGCUUUCUGUCGCUCACACAUGCUGUUGGACGGAAGUUCCGCCUGGACGUUUCUGUCUUUUUGGGCAAGCCUUGCGCGGGGGGAUGCAGCGACAGCACCAUGCACGAGUAGAGAGAAGAUGGAGGAGCUUAUCCCUGAUGAAAGCAGAACGCAGGAACUCGCACAAAAAGAGAUCGGCAAGCAGCUGACCAACUCUUGGUUCAUGGGCCUCGUUGGAUUUCUGGUGCCAGUUCUUGCCCCUGUUGUCGACACCCUCUUUCUGCACACCAGACUGGGCCUGAACAGACACCGAGUUUAUUUCUCGGACGAGGAGCUGGCAAUUAUCAAGGAUGAGGCCACGCCGACCGAAGUACAGCCGGGUCAGGACAAGUGGGUCACGACACAGGAGGCAUUCUGCGCCUACCUGUUGAUGACUUUGGGCAAGCACAUUCUUCCUGCAGAUGCGAAAGGCAUGGUUCAGAUGAUGUUCCUGCUCGACGUGCGAAAGGCGCUGGGGCUUCCAGCAAACCAACUAAUGGGCGGUGGCUUGACUUUCACAAGCGUCCUCAUAUCGGACCUGAAGCUUCGGACGCUCCCGGAGCUUGCCAGUCAGUUGCAUGAGAGCCUCUCCAAACGCGAAGGCUCGCUGGAAGCACAGAAGGCACGUUGGCAGCUACUGAACGGUGCCUGUGAGAAAAAGAUGGAACACACCCUCAUGCAGGAAAUCCACAACAAGACUGUUGACAUGAAGCUGGCGGUCAACAACUCAUCUAAACGGCCCCUCUUGGAUUUCGGUUCGGGCCCUGCAGAAAGUGUCGUUUCUGAUGCAGGACCCAGCCUUCUUGUUCCAGCAAAGGGCGGUGGUCUUUUCCUGUAUCUUGACCCGAACGUCUUCUCAAGUGCCAAGUGCUCCUCCAAGGAGAAGCGUAGCCAGGCGCUCGAAGCCCUUCGGGCUGAUCUCCCGCAGAGGGGCACCAAGAGGAAAGUUCACGGCUGA